AUGGGUACCGGAAAGAAGGAAGCCACUCGUAGAGAGCGGCAGGGGAAGACUGGGGAUGGCAUGGGAAAUGUUCGCACCAAGGGUGAGAACUUCUACAGAGAUGCGAAGAAGGUGAAGCAUCUGAACAUGUUGAAGGAUGGAAAGCCUCGACGUAACGCUGAGGGAAAGAUCACUGUGGCUGCUUCAUACCAAUCUCGAGAUGCUCCGGUCGCUAGAAUCGAGCCCAACCGUAAAUGGUUUGGCAACACGAGAGUGAUAUCUCAAGAGGCUCUGUCGUCUUUCCGCGAGGCGGUUGCCGAACGUGCUUCCGACCCCUAUUCAGUCUUGCUCAAGACCAACAAGCUUCCCAUGAGCCUAAUCAGAGAUGAUAAGGGCGCCAAUGGGUUGAAGCAGCACGAGGCCAAGAUGGCCAUUGAGAAUUCUCCUUUCAGUGAUACCUUUGGGCCCAAGGCGCAGAGGAAGCGCGUCAAGAUGGGCGUUGCCUCUUUGGAGGACCUGGCCGGCGAAACCGUCAAGAUGCACGACGCUUACGUCGAAAAGACAGACCAUGCUACUCAUGAAGAUGGUACUUUGGUUGUCAACGGUGAUGAUGUUGCAAAGGAUGACAACUCCGGUCUGGCAACCACCGCCGUUGAGUCAGUCUUCUCUAAGGGUCAGAGCAAACGUAUCUGGAAUGAGCUUUACAAGGUCAUUGACUCAUCCGAUGUCGUACUUCAUCUACUUGAUGCUCGUGAUCCCGAUGGUACACGCUGCAGGAGUAUUGAGAAGUACAUCCGUGAAGAGGCUCCUCACAAGCACUUGAUCUUCGUUCUGAACAAGUGUGACCUUGUUCCCACAGGUGUAGCGGCCGCCUGGGUACGACACUUGUCGAAAGAUUAUCCUACUCUAGCUUUCCACGCCUCUAUCACCAACUCUUUUGGUAAGGGUUCUUUGAUUCAGCUUCUAAGGCAGUUCUCCUCCUUGCAUUCCGAUCGCAAGCAGAUUUCUGUCGGUUUGAUUGGGUAUCCAAACACUGGAAAAUCUUCCGUCAUCAACACUUUGCGGAAGAAGAAAGUGUGUACUGUGGCCCCAAUCCCUGGAGAGACCAAGGUCUGGCAGUACGUUACCUUGAUGAAGCGGAUCUACCUCAUCGAUUGUCCUGGUGUGGUACCAGCCAGCUCGAACGCCACUCCCGAAGAUAUCCUCCUUCGAGGUGUGGUUCGAGUGGAGAACGUAGAGAAUCCCGAGCAGUACAUCCCGGCCGUUCUCAAGCGAGUGCAGCCCAAACACUUGGAGCGUACAUACGGCAUCAAGAAUGUCGAGGAUCCUAUCGAGUUCCUUAGUAUCCUCGCUCGCAAGGGUGGUCGUUUGCUUCGUGGAGGAGAACCUGACCUCGAUGGUGUCGCCAAGAUGGUCAUCAACGAUUUCCUCCGAGGAAAGAUUCCCUGGUUCACUCCCCCGCCUCACAAUGCUGGUGGGGAGGAUGAGGCGAUCGAGGGCCGUGCUGGUCGGCUCGGAGAAAUGAGUCGGAAGCGCAAGCUCGACGACACUACCUCCGAAAAGCCAGAGGACUCUAAGAAGGCGUCGAAAGAGAAGGCUCCUGAAACUGACAACGACGAAUUUAAGGGUUUCGAGAGCGACGAUGAUGAUGACUCGAUCGCGAACCUUGAAAUUAGCGAUGAGGAAAGUGGCGAAGAAGACGAUUAAGUGUUUUCAUUGUCGAGAUCCUUGUCAAAGACUGUCAAUGAACCAAGUACUCCCGAUGCCGUCUGUCAUCUGGCAUCAAUCCCGAGAGGUACACCCCUGGUGGCGCAUGUCGCUCCACAACUUCCAGGGCGUAUCCCGAGGUCUUGUCACACCUUGACUUUGGGUGGAAGUUGAAAGCCACUUGCGUCGAAGCGUCCAUGACGCGAACUCCUUUGAGAACCACAACACCGUCAGGCCUCUUGCGCCUAAGACUGGUUCCGUACGAAAUCCGCUGGCAUGCUACCUGGACUGUUCUUGGCCAGUGCACGUUAUGCUUCAGCUCGGAGCAUUGGUUGUCAGGCCGAUCAAUGCCUCAGCCAACUUGAUGCCCAUUAUUUAAGAUACCCACCGAGUGUUUUUACACGAAGACUUUCGAGAAAUCCAAGCAAUCAAUAAAUCAAUCAUCCUGAAACAAGGUGGUCUG